CAUCGAAUCCGCCGCGUCAAGUUCAGUUUGUUCAUCAAGGGUUUUCACACUCUCAGUUAUUAUGGGGAAGCCGAGAAGGUUGAGGAGGGGAUCUGGAAGUGCGACUCAGGCGCCGUCAAAAGAAUCCGAGAAGAAGAAGAACAGCGUUGGUGAGCAGAUUGAGGAAGUCGGGGCAGCUGCCUCGGGUUCAGUUAAUGCGUUAGUGCCCCUUUCGUCUAACCCUGCUCCAGAUGCUAAUGCUGGGGCGGCGGUUAAUAAGACCAAGGGCGAAGCUAGUGCUGGGAAUAAGAAGAAGGGGAAGGAGCCUGCCAGCGUUGCGAAUAAGGGAAAAGAGCACACGGAGAAGAGUUCUGGUUUCAUCUUCAUGUGCAAUUCUAUAACGAAGCCUGAAUGCUAUAAGCAUAGGGUAUUUGGCCUUCCUAAGGGCAAACUGGAGAUGGUGGACAGGAUCAAGCCAGGAGCAAGGCUUUUCCUGUAUGAUUUUGAUGUCAAGCUGAUGUACGGUGUCUACCGUUCCACUUCGAAGGGGGGCCUUAAUUUAGUCGCGGGAGCCUUUGGAGGGAAGUUCCCAGCACAGGUGAAAUUCAAGAUUGAAAGGGAUUGCCUUCCUCUUCCUGAGAGCACCUUCAGACUUGCUAUAAAGGAAAACUAUGAAGUCAAGGGCAAAUUCAGACCGGAGCUUAAUUCUAAACAGGUUCACAAUCUACUUGCAUUAUUUCGGCCUGUUAGUGAUCAUCCCCAACCACCUCCUGUCCAGUAUGUCGAUGAACCGCGACAUCGUCCCCCUCCGGAGGAGUCUUUUAGAUCCGAACAUCUUGUGCAUUCUCGUGUGCCUGCCGCAAUGGAACCUUACGUACCCGCUCAUUUACCUUUGGUGGAGGACCCUUACAAAUCUGGAGCUCUAUUACGCGCCCCUACUGAUUCCCGAUAUCUCCCUCUACCUCCUGCAUAUGCUACUCAUUCAAGUGAUCCUUAUGCAGCAGCGGAGGAUCCUUACAGACUUGGUGCUGUGAGUCGUGGUCCACUUUCGAUAGAUUCUCGAUAUAUUGCUCCAGCUCCGCUUCCUUCUUCAGCUGAUCCAUAUGGAUCAGGACCUCAAUAUGUGCUAGUUGAUGCUCGACAUCUUCAAUUAUCCAAUGCGCCACCUGUUGAUCUAUAUCAUCGCCGACUGGUUAGUGAUGCUUAUCGUCAGCCGUUGGAUCUGCGCGGCUAUCCUGAAUCCCAUGUUUCUUUGGACCGUUACAGGGAUCAAAUCAUCUCAUCUGAGUACCAUCGGCUUCAACCUGCACGAGAUGGCGAACUGGACGCACGCUCAGAUCAGAUUCCCCACGCAAGCUAUUUGUCGUCAGCUUUCAAUGAUGCUGCUCCCAGAUCUUAUACCGAAAACCGGGUUGAAAUAGCCAACGCGCCCGUCUCUUCACGAUAUGCAUUUGCCGGCGCUGCGCCUGCAUAUCGUUGAUGAUCUGAAAUCAUCUGUCGGCGUCUUGUUGCGCUCAAUCUUGACUCAUGAAUUAUUGGUAGAAUGUUGGUGGAAAUGUGAACUAUGGAUUGUGCCCUUCUGAAUUACCAUUUUUAUUCUGCUUAAGAAACUUGUUUAGCCCCGACUGUCCUUUUAAGUGCAUCAUGAAACAUCAUGUGCGUUUCUUAUUAGAAUUCGGCAACUCUGCUGCUGUGGGCUUUUUGCUA